AUGAACGGUCAUAUAGUACAUAAGAUGCCGAGUAGUGCGAGUAUAGGAAUGGAGGAUGACGAGGAUCAAAGGUUUGACUCACCUGAAGAUGAGAUCGCAUAUUAUAGGGACAAGUAUAGGCAAGCUGUGGAUGGUUUGAUUGAGACUCGAGCUGAACUUGACGAAUUCCAAGCUUCAUCAAAAGAACUAGAGGAUGAAUUAGAAAGAGAACUUGCCGCCACAGAGAAACACCAAGCCGAGCUCAAGGAAAAGAUCAAUCGCCUCGAGGCAGAGAAGGAAGAAUGGAAAACCAAACUUAUCGCACUGCAAAAACAGCAUAGUUCCACUACGGCUGCUAUGCAGCGUGAGAUGGACAAUUUACGUUCGGAACGAGACAAGACACUCGUCGCGCUUAGAGAUCUGGAAAUGGGUAACGAUGAAUUGGAAAGGAAUGAACGAGUGGCAGUUUCAUCUUUACUUGAUUUGGAAAGUAAAUACAACAGAGCUAUAGAAGAGAAAACUUUAUUAGAACAAGAAGUUGUUCAACGACAAGAAUUGGAAGAUGAUGUUCAACGAUUAAAGGAUGAAUUACGAGACGCGAAUAACGAAAUUUCCAUUCUGAGAGAUCAAAUCUCUCGAGCUGUACCUACACCUCCUUCAUCCAUCGGAAUGUCCAUGUCACCCGUUCAAGAAGCUUCACGAGAAUUAUCGCCUAUAGAACCACCACUUCCACCUGACAAAGAUCCCGUCCCACUUCCAGACCGACAAUCAGCUCCGACACCUACACGCAUACCUCGAAGUAAUACCUCUUCCUCCAUACCAACUCUCUCUCCAGCUACUAAACGUUAUUCAGGACUUGUACAUUCACCUACCAUUUCAACUCUCAGUCGAUCUAUAAACACUCGUAAUUUGGUAAACGCAGCAGCUUCUCCUGCCGUUCAACGUACUCGUUCCAUUCUAGCUCCAUCUCCUGCGAAAACGGUAAAUCCAAAUCAAGUGGCAAAGUCUAAAGGGUUUAAAUUAUUACAUGAUCUACAAGCUCGAUUGAAAGCUACCGAUGAUAAAUUAGGAACAAGAGUACCGAAAAGUCGUAAUGUUUCUGCACCUAUGCCACUGGGUAUUUCCAAACGUUCAGUUUCUACUUCUACUUCCAAUCAAAAUCAAAAUCAAAAUCAACCUCAAUCACAAUCACAAAUCAUUUCCCAUUCUCGAACGGAAUCACAAUAUGGAAGAGUUUCACACGCCCGAGUUGCGGCUUUACAAGAUACAACUUUAACUCCUAUGCAAGGUGAUAAAAGUGGGAAUACUUUAUUAUCACCAAAUGGUUGGGUAAUGAUUGAAGAUGGUGAAGACACACCUACGAAUAAUAUUCAAGCCAAUUUAGCUUUUAUGCAAGAACCUACUUCACCUCUGGAAAUGAAUUUUAGAGCUGUUUCAAGUGCUAGUAAUUCAAGUAAUCGAUCUCUUCCUAGUAGACCUGCUAUACCUUCCCCACUUGCAACUUUAAUCAGAUCAACAUCUCGAAAUGUUCCUUCUUCCAUUUCCAUUUCCAAUUCUACCUCUACAUCAAAUUAUGCCUCUCACACCAUUUCAAAAAACAAUAGUCCAACUUCUCCCCCCAUGAAAAAUUCAAGACCAAUGUCACCUUCCAUGUUACCUCAACCACGAAACAAUUUCCGUGCACCUUCACCAAGUAUAAUGUCUACACUUUCUUCUUUACCUUCUCAACCUAUAUCUCUAUCUCGUUCUUCUUCCAGGACGGAUACGAACACUCGACCUUCUUCAAGAAUAGGAACAAGACCUCCUUCUAGAUCUUCAGAUUUCAGAGAUGUUCGAAUAGACAGAAGAGCUCAAUCAGCUUUAGGUAAAGGUCCACCUCCUACUUCUACCACGCAUCCUGAUUCUAGACCGUUAGGAAUGUCAGUAUCUACUUCCGCACCUAGCGGAAUGAAAAGAUCCGCUCGUCGAUCGUCUGUAGGAGUAGGGGAAUUAUUACCUGCUUCUGGAAUCCCUUUACCGAAAACAAGUCCAGGUAGACCGGUUAGUGUACCUCUUUUCCAAGCUGUUCCUCCACCUGUUCCUAGGAUACCAAGUGUUCAUCUGAGGGAAAAGAGGACGACGGUGUUAGGAUUACCAAUAGAUCGUCGAGCUCCGCGGAAGAGUGGGUAUGAGUGA